GUAAAUAACUUUUCCGGCUUAAAUUAGGUCAACUUUAUAAACUUCAAUGAAAACAAUGUUUUUGCAUAACAGGAAUUUAUGCAAACUGGCACACAAUGCCGCGAGUUUCGCCACAAGUGCUACCCGCGGACUCAGCCAAAAACCAAAAACGGCAAUACUUAUGCUGAACAUGGGUGGACCUACCCAUACGGAUCAGGUGCAUGACUAUCUAUUGCGCAUAAUGACUGAUCGGGAUAUGAUACAGCUGCCCGUGCAGAGCAGGCUGGGCCCAUGGAUUGCCCAGCGGCGUACGCCGGAGGUGCAAAAGAAGUACAAAGAAAUUGGCGGUGGCUCACCUAUACUGAAGUGGACAGAGCUGCAGGGUGAGCUGAUGUGCGAGCAGCUGGAUAAGCUAUCCCCAGAGACAGCGCCGCACAGGCACUACGUGGGGUUCCGCUAUGUGAAUCCAUUGACAGAGAAUACGCUGGCGCAAAUCGAAAGUGACAAGCCGGAGCGCAUAGUGUUGUUCUCACAGUACCCGCAAUAUAGCUGCGCCACAUCCGGCUCCAGCUUCAAUUCCAUCUUUAGUCAUUAUCGUGAAAAUAAUCUGCCCGCCAAUAUCAAGUGGAGCAUCAUAGAUCGUUGGGGCACACAUCCGCUGCUCAUCAAGACUUUUGCCCAGCGCAUACGCGAGGAGCUGGCCAAGUUUGUGGAGACCAAACGUAACGAUGUAGUCAUUCUCUUCACUGCACACUCGUUGCCUUUGAAGGCGGUUAAUAGAGGCGAUGCAUAUCCUUCGGAAAUCGGUGCUAGUGUGCAUAUGGUUAUGCAGGAACUGGGACAAAGCAAUCCCUACAGCUUGGCCUGGCAGUCCAAGGUGGGGCCACUGCCCUGGCUGGCGCCGGCUACAGAUGAUGCCAUUAAAGGCUAUGUUAAGCAAGGCUUGAAGAACUUCAUACUGGUGCCCAUUGCAUUUGUAAAUGAGCACAUCGAGACGCUGCAUGAGCUCGACAUAGAGUACUGUGAUGAGCUGGCGAAGGAGGUGGGUGUGGAGGAAAUACGACGUGCUGCUGCACCCAACGAUCAUCCGCUGUUUAUACAGGCGCUGAGCAACAUUGUCGCCGAUCAUUUAAAGUCAGAGCAGAGCGUCAAUCCCAAAUUCUUGAUGCGUUGUCCAAUGUGCACCAAUCCUCGCUGCCGUGAGAGCAAACGCUGGUAUCAGCAAUUAUGUGGAAACUAGACACACACACACACACACCCACAAUAGACUCGUAUUUAUAGUUGAUUUAGCUUAAAGCUGUUCGUAUCAUGCUCAUUGGUUUUAUCAGUCAUAUGUGAAUUAAAAUGCACAGCAUUUGGUUGUGGGUACCCCCUCCCUGCCUUGAUUAAAGCAAUAAAACAAAAGACACUGCACAAACAAGAAUUACAUCGUUGUUAUCUCUCUCAUGCUUUCGUUUAAGCAUGUGCGCCACGAACAGGUUGGAUUAGCUAAGAGACAAAAAACAUAAA